CGACGCGACAUUUCGCGAUUGAUAUUGAUUUGAGCCAUCUACCUGAAUCCUCCUGUUCCCGAUAGCGUGGUUUGACGGAGCCAUCUGUUGUGAUCUGAAACACCAGGAUUUCAAAGAUUGGGCCUGAAUCCAGAUCCGGCCCCUUGUUUGACAACUCUUGACUAUACUCCUAUCGACCCUCUUCCGUCUCCUCACCUACGUUUCCUUAUCAACAUGGAGCAAGAGCUCCUGACAUUGCUGGCAGACACUCAGUCGCCGGUCUCCGAUACUAGAAAGUCCGCUGAGCUUCAGCUUCUACGCCUUUAUUCCAACGAGACUUUCCCCCUAUCACUUGCGGCCAUAGCCUCUCACGAUUCCGUUCCCACCAACCUCCGCCAGUCUGCCCUUUCUGUUCUUCGGACCUUCAUUGCCGCAUCCUGGUCACCAGUUCUCGAUGAAUUCAAAGGCCAGGUCCUGGUCAGCGAUGCAAACAAGGCUCAGCUUCGACGGGCGCUAUUGGACUUAGCUACCAUUACCGAAACUCCCGAGCGCAAGGUCAAGUCGUCUGCCAGUUAUGCUGUGAGCAAGAUCGCCAGCGCCGACUUCCCCGAGCAGUGGCCAGAACUCCUGCCUUCUCUGCUUCACAUUAUAAACGAUGGGAACAGCACCGCCAGUGCGCUUCACGGUGCACUGAAGGUCCUGUUGGAUCUGGUGGACACUGGGUUCAGUGAGGAACAGUUCUUCAAUGUUGCUCGGGAUCUUGUCACUAGCCUCUAUAACGUCGCUACCAAUGAGUCGAGAAAGCCGAUGUUGAGAGCCUUGGCUGUCGCAGUUUUCCGGGCCUGCUUUGACACAUUGGAGAUGGUCCUCGAACAACACAAGGCGGCUGUCAAACAAUUUAUGGACGAAGUACUUGGUGGCUGGUCUCCAUUCUUUCUCUCUACCCUGAAGGCACCCCUACCACAAGCUCCUAGUGCGCAUGAAGAAUCUAAAGACGCUGAGGUGCCCUCCAAGUGGAGGGGUGUCAUUGGUCUGAAGUUGCAAGUGGUCAAGACCUUGAUGAAAAUUCGCAUGGUAUUUCCGGGUCUCUUGACAGCUCAAAGCCCGGUAUACUUUUCAACUAUCUGGACUGAGCUGUCCAACAUACAGUCUGCUUAUCAUGAGUUCUACAUUGAAGAUGAGAGACAGGGCCGUAUGGAGGAUGUCGACGGACUCCCGUAUACUUUGGACUUCUUGGUUCUGGAGGAACUCGAUCUGAUUCAGACGCUCCUGAAGGCACCGCCGGUCAAGGCCGAGCUUCAACAGCAGCUACAGAAUGCUGGGCAGUCGGCGGCAACAACAAGUUGGCUUCCCGAAAUCAUGAAGCUGGUCGCCUCUUAUGCUCAAAUCACAUCAGAAGAGGAAGGUCUAUGGGAUAUCGAUGUAUCUCUGUUCCUUUCGGAGGAGACAUCGGUUACUGCCAACUACACGCCCCGUACUUGCAGUGGAGAUCUGGUGAUCAAGCUUGGCGAAUGGCUCAAGAGCAUGACAGUUGAGGGACUACACGCAUACCUGAACACCGUGUUCUCCGAUGCGUCCUCUACGUGGAAAUUGAAAGAAUCGGCCCUCUACAUUCUCAAUCAGCUCCUCCGGGACUUUAACGAAGUUUCGCAAGGUAUACCUGCUGGCUCGGCUAAUGGAAUCAGUAACUUCAUUCAGUAUGCCAUCCAGCAACCAGAAGAUCUUUUGAGAGCGCGGGGCUACCUCAUUGCCGGAGUCCUGUGCCAGGUCGCCGACGACUCCUUCCAGCAGACGGCUGCGUCUUACCUCGAGGCUACCAUCAAAGCAAUCACUGAAGAUGAAUCUGAAGUGGUCAGGGUCGCUUGUAUUCGAGCACUGCAGGAUCUUAUGCCCUCGCUUCCUUCCAGUGCUACGGUCCCUCUCCAAGUUGCCAUUGUUUCCGCUCUGUCGCAGUUCGUUUCCGCACAUGACCUUUCAGACCAGUCAGAGGGUGAAGACCUGAAGGUUACCAUUGCUGAAACGCUCCGCGAUACCAUCAUGGUCCACCCGACUGUCGUUCUGUCGUCGACCGCCAUUGAUCUACUGUUCAGUGUUGCCAGCAGCGGAGCCACCAAUUUCCAGUUGACGAUGAUCGUCACGGAAGCAUUCGAGGACAUAGUUGAAGCUAUCGCCGAGAACGGGGAAGAGGCUUUCGUUCGACUAUGCGAGAAGGUUCUUCCUUCCCUGACCGGGGCCAUCGACGUCGGCAACCUCACCCAGGAAAAUGCUUUGACUAAUUUCGCUGCGGACCUGAUCCGUGCUCUUGCUGAAGGAGCAUUGGAGCCUUUGCCAGCCGGCUUCGUGGAGACGGUCAUGCCGAAGUUGAACCGCCUGCUGCUCGAUUCGUCCGACGCGGAGCUGAUCCGUCCGGCUACAGAAGCCGUCCGCCAUAUGCUCUCUCAUGACUUCAACCAGUUUGUCGCCUGGAGAGACCCGCAGAGCGGUAAAGAAGCAACUGAAGUUGCCUUGAUCAUCAUUGACCGCUUGCUCGGACCGUCGGUCGAUGACAAUGCGGCGACCGAGGUUGGACAAUUGGCUGCGGAGUUGGUGGAAAAGGCAGGCUCCGAACGUCUCGGUCCUUAUCUACCGCAGCUUCUCCGUGCUGUGGCCCAACGACUGGCUACUGCGGAGCAGGCUCAGUUUAUCCAGAGUCUAAUUCUUGUCUUCGCACGUCUCACUCUGAUCAGCGCACGCGAGGUUGUGGACUUCCUUGCCCAAGUAGAUAUCGGCGGCCAGAGUGGACUUCCCAUAGUGCUGAGCAAGUGGCUCGAGAACUCGGUCAACUUUGCUGGUUAUGAUGAAAUCAAACAGAACAUCAUUGCACUAGCAACCCUGUACAGUCUGGGAGACCCUCGCUUGUCCGAGGUACAGGUCAAGGGUGAUCUCAUUAUCCAGGACACUGGCCGUAUCAAGACACGAUCCCAGACACGCAACAACCCUGACCGGUACACUACAGUGACGGCUCCCUUGAAGAUUAUCAAGGUCCUUGUUGAGGAGCUGGCUGCUGCAUCCGGCAACAAGGAAAUCGAUGCGGCCACGGCGGCUGCUCUGGAGGAAGAGGGUAGCGAUGAUGACGACGAAUGGGAAGAUAUGCCCGGCAACACCCUUGACCUGAAUCUGGGUGUCACCAAGCAAGAGCUGAUGGCAUUCGGCGAGGGCGGAUCGGAAAGUGUGUUCGGGGUACGCAGACGCGACGACGAAACGCAGGCCUUCCUGUUGAACUUUUUCCGUGAAGCAGCCACCAAGCCUGAGUUCGAGCAGCUCUAUGCAGCCUUGACUCCGGCCGAGCAGGAGAAGCUGCAAAGUUUGAACUGAUCCGGCUUGGCGGCUGUCGACAGGGUGAUACCAUUUUAUGGACAAACAUUAUCUUUUCUUCUUUUCACGUUCUGUUUAUUGCCCCCUGAGCCGAUGCUGGGAAUCACAUAUGAAACCUGAUAAAUGCAUGCAUAGGUACACCUAAUGAUUGUAUGAACAAAC